AUGACGUUGUCUUUAGCGUACAGUCUGGCUGUAUAUACUGCAGCUUUGAGACCGGCAGAUGUGGUUCUGGAGGUGGGACCUGGAACGGGAAACAUGACAGUGAAGCUGCUGGAGAAAGCCAAAAGGGUGGUAGCCUGCGAGCUGGACUGCCGCUUAGUGGCUGAACUUCAGAAAAGAGUACAGUGCACACCCAUGCAGAACAAACUUCAGAUAUUAGUUGGGGAUGUCCUAAAAACUGAUCUGCCCUUUUUUGACAUUUGUGUGGCAAAUUUACCUUUCCAGAUUUCAUCACCUUUUGUCUUCAAGCUCUUGCUGCACCGACCUUUCUUCAGGUGUGCUGUCUUGAUGUUCCAGAGGGAGUUUGCCAUGCGGCUGGUUGCCAAACCUGGAGACAAACUGUACUGUAGACUCUCUAUCAACACACAGCUGCUGGCUCGCGUGAACCAUCUAAUGAAAGUAGGGAAAAAUAAUUUCUGACCUCCUCCUAAAGUGGAGUCGAGUGUUGUCAGGAUUGAACCAAAAAAUCCUCCUCCUCCAGUGAACUUCCAGGAGUGGGACGGCCUGGUCAGAAUAGCCUUUGUGAGGAAAAAUAAAACACUCGGUGCCGCUUUCAAGUCUUCUGCAGUCGAGCAGCUGCUGGAAAAGAAGUACAGAAUUCACUGUUCUGUGCACAAUGUGGAAGUCCCAGCCGACUUCAGCAUCACAAAGAAGAUUGAGAGCAUUCUCCAGGAGGCAGAUUUCAAUGACAAGAGAGCCAGAUCCAUGGACAUUGAUGACUUCAUGGUAUUGCUCCAUGCAUUCAACUCUGCAGGAAUCCACUUUUCUUAAAUGGCUCAGAAGUUUAAAUCCUCCAGCUAUGUCCUGAGUGACCACAGAAGUGUGAAAAAUCACUUUCCUGCAGUGAAAAUCCUCUGACUUUUGUGUGUUGAGGCCUCAAUUGCAUUGAG